AUUGCCUAACCUUCUGCAAUUUGUGUAAGAUUGGUAUAAAAGGACGUCUCCACAGUGUGUUAGUGACAUAUUGCUCGAAUCACUUGCUGAUGAUGGAGUCUGUCGUUGACGACGGUUUGAGAUCAGAACUAGAGAUGCUGGAGUCGAUGUUUCCAGGGGAGUUUAGUCUUGUACGUGGAGGCCAAUUUCCAGAAUGCUCCAUCAAGGGCGAGCUUGUCAAUAUUACUCUGCAUAUCUCAUUUCCUGUUGGCUAUCCUCACGUAGCUCCAAAGAUGAAACUGUCAGGUGACAUGGCAAAACUGCUGCUGUUUGACCAGCUAGAGAAGAGAACUCAGGAAGAAAUCGGUGAAGCAAUGCUGUUUGACAUUGUGCAAUUGUUUCAAGAGAUGUGCAGAUCACUGAAACAAGAAGCGACAAAACGAGGUCGACCAGCUCAUGGUAGAAAAGACAAGAAACAACAAGGACAACAACAAAAAACGGAUGCUGACAUACAUACUGGAAGGAAAAUUAAGCAAUCAAAAGAGAAAAGUCAGAAUGAAGAUUUGUCUACGGAGAAAAAGAAACCAAUGAAGCAAGCUACGGAUGUCAUUUCACGUAUUAUCUGGGAUCCUGAUUUGCCAACUGAGCUUUUUACUGUUGGCUAUCUUGAUCGGUUUGUUGGCAUUAUUGAAAAGCCAUUUAGUGCAUUCAGCUGGGAAGAUAUCGCUUCUGUUGAUUACUCAACUCUUGCCAUUCCGAAACAUCGUAUUCAAUACUUCAAGUAUAAAGAUCAGAUUGUCUGGGACAAGACAACUCAGACUGAUGACGUGUUUGGAUCUCGCGGAUCUGGAAAGACAGUUGCAGAUGUAAUCAAGGAAUACGAUAGUAAGCAGCCACAAUGUAAUGAAAACGAGUCUUCUCAAGGUAGACUAGAUGCUCAUCAUUCAGAGUCAGAUGUUGACGAUGAUGAUGAUGAUGAAAUUGAUCCCAAAGCUGAAGAAGUACGUGACAGAAAGAAGAAAUAUGCCAAUCUUCAUCGUGCAACACAUUUCAUUUGCAUUCCAAUUACGAGUCCUCAAAUUCGUGCAGCUGCACAGGAUGUGCAAGAGGCAUUGUGUUAUUCUGACCCAAGACUUACAGAUGGCUGUUUGGCUAGCUCUGCUCUUCAUGUAACACUUGCCAUGGUUAGAAUCAACACCGAUAAAGAUCUACAGUCAGUUAAACAACUUCUCACUAACCUUCAAUUGUCAUUUAUUUCAAUGUUCGAUGAUAAUAGUGAGCUGUAUUUUGAAAGUGUAAGUCACUUUCGUGAUCGUGUUCUUUACACUAAGCCACGCCAACAGUCUACUCUGUCUGCGUUUGCUGCUCUGUUGCUACAAAAGUUGACAGACAAUGGUAUACCUACCCCUGGCAAUUACUCAGAGUUCAGCGCUCAUGUUACACUAAUUAAGUUAAGUCGUCCGAUGUGUCGUCAGUAUGACAUGAUGUCGAUUGAGAGAAGUCUGUACCUACCGUUUGCUGACAAGGUGUUUGGUCGGCAACAUAUUGAGCGGCUGCAUCUGUGUUCAAUAACAGGACCAAAAGAGGAUGGUUUCUACCAACGAUUGCAUACUGUGGAGAACUCUAUGAUUGUGUUAAGUCCUAUCAUACCACGUCUUAUACAGAGAGCAUGUAAUAAGGCAAUUGUCAACAACAUCUUGUCACAAGAGAUGGCUGAUUCUAUAAAUGAUGCUACUGACAAGCAUUCUGCAAAUCAGAGAGAACUGUUUGAGCAUCUUGCUACGACACUUUUAUCACUUACUGGCCAACCCACUCUUGUAAUUUUGAGAGGCCUUCCUGGAAGCGGCAAAUCUACAGCUGCACGAGCAAUAGCUGAUGGUCUUGAUUGCAUCUGUAGUGCUGAUGAUUAUUUUGAGACCAAGCAAGGCUACCAUUAUGACAAAACCAAACUUACAGCAGCUCAUACACAGUGCUUUUUGAAAUGCAUCAAACUGAUGGAGUCAGAAACAGCCCUAGUCAUUGUUGACAAUAUUAAUCAACAUAGGUGGAUUUAUUCAGCAUAUAAGCAGUUGGCUAGUAUUGUUGGUUACCGAGUUAAAAUAUUGGAACUGCCUUGUCCUAACCAGAUGGCAUUAGGCAAUUAUGCUAGUCGCAGUGUCCACAAAGUUCCAAUAGAAUCUUGUGCCAAGAUGCUGAAAGAAUGGGAGAGAGAUUCAAUGGCAGUUGAGAUUACACAAGAUCAGGUGAAUGAUCGAGAAAUGCUAAAUGAUAUUCUAGCCCAAGAAUGUGUUCACACAGAUAGCCUCGGGAACUUGGAAUUUGUUGUUUACACAGGAGUUUUUCUUACAAAAGAAUCACGAGAGAUGCUAUUGUCAGUAGUACCUCCAGUGCAUGAAGUUGUUGUUUGUGAUCAUAUGACAAUGCAAUUCAAUCCAGAACCUGAUCAAGUCAAUAUCGAUAUGAUUGGAAACACGGUCUAUCUGCAGGUGGUAGGGGUGGCUAGUGACUCUUACAUUCAAGCUGUAGUUGUGGAGUCUCGGAGUGAGUCAACAGCAAGUGCCAAUGCUCUCCCACAUAUUACAGUGUCUCACACAUCUGGUGUUAAGGCAAAUUAUUCCAAUGAGAUGUUACUGAAAAGAACUAAACCUCUAGAUCAGGUGAAAAGUGACAUGGUUCUCACUGGCAUUGUAGGAGCGAAAGUGGGGAAAGGCAAUGGAGAAAUCACUCGAUGUGUGACUGACAAGAUGGAAGUGUCUACUGUUGUCCAUCAACAGUGGUUAAAUAACAAGAUGUGGCCGCAACGUAUUGAUAUUCCAACUUGCCAGUUGUUUGUGUUUGACUUCGAUGGCACUUUGGUUGAAUCACCAGACCCAGCUCAAGGACGUCGAGAAUACAAACGAUUGACUGGCCAAGAGUGGCCACAUAAGAAGUUUCUAGGGAGACCGGAGUCAUUGUGUGAUCCAUUCACUGUCAAGGCAGGUCCAGCAAUGGCUGAUUUUCAUUCUCAUUGUGGUCGUGCAGGGUCUCUUUCCUUUGUUCUAACAGCUCGUCUAACAAGUCUUCAAACAGCAGUAAAGACUUGGCUUGAAAGGUAUAAUAUGUACCCAGAUCGUCUUAUCAUGAAACCAGACAACAGCAAUCAGACAGCUGCUGAAUUUAAGGCUGAUACUGUCAAAGGGAUUCUCAGUGAGUUUCCUACUGUACGCUCCAUCAAACUUUGGGAUGACUCAGAUGACAACCUAAAAGUAUUCCAGGCAGUCAGUCGGCAAUUGCCAGCAAUCAACUUUACCAUCAUAGACAGCAAGCGGAUGAGUUCAAGUCAAAGGAAAACUGAAGUUGAUCAAUUUCUGCAACAGUCUGGUUCUCUUCCGCAUCCCUCUUUCUUAGCAGCAAGUGAAUCUGCAAUCUGCUUUGUGAGUGAAGUGUGGCAGAAUGUUAUCAAGGUCAGUACAGAUGAUCCACGAAAACUGUCCCUGCCGUUUGGAUCUAGUCAGUUGGGUAGAUUUGCAGAUGUUGAUGUGUGUUUACUUGCUCCUAAUUCGCUUAGCCACAGAGAUUGUGUUGUUCAACUGGAAAAGGCUUUGAAGGACUAUGGAGUAACAUUCACAUACAUUUCUCAUAGCUCCAGAUGUCCCAGACUGAAGGCUAAGUGUUUCUUUGCUGCAACAUCUCCUGUUGAGUUGGAUGUCGUAUUUUGUCUGGUUCCUCUAUCAUUUCUCGAUUGCCUUGAUUCUGGUCCAAAACCAUCUCUCAAUGACAUCACAGCUGCAGUUGCCAAAUCUGAUAAAGCCAGUCAUACAGCAUUGACUGGACCUCUGUUUCUUCAGGAGAUACUGACUGCUAUCAGUAAGAGCGGAAGAGUGGUUUCAGAUUGUGUGUGCUUGAUUGAAAUUGUGUGCGUUAUUCUCAAAGCAAAUUGCCUCAAGGGAAAUGCGUUUCAUUGCAUUAGGACUUUCCAUCUUAUUAAGCUCCUUCAGCAUUUCUUACAGGCUGCACAGGAGUUGAGCACUUUUACAUUGGAUGAACUUCUCAUUAAAUUUGUUGAGUUUUGUGCAUCUUACACUACUGCCCAGUGGAGUAAGCUUUUUUGUGAAUUUGUGCCAUCUCAAUACAUUUCUCCGCUGAGUCACUUUUUCAUGACAACUCAGAAGCUCAUGCAACCUGUCAUAACAACAGAGCUUCUGUAUCAGCUUGCAACAGCUCGUGAACCUGUGACUCGUCGUUGUGAGGUUGAAUUAACAUUUAGCUCUCCUGAUCUUGUCCACAUGUGGCAUCUUGGUAUCUUUAUUGAGGCUCGUCUGGGAUCUUACAUCAGGUUACUUCUAAGCAGUGGUACAGUAGUACAGCCUUCGCACAUUAAGCCAACCAAAGUAUCUUUUGCUCUUGAAGAUACAGCUGAAUCACUUCACACUGUCAAUCAAGUUUUUGCUUCAUUUUGGGAUGAGCUGAUUAACUUUAGCAGAAAUGCAGCUUCCACCUUCUUGAUGUCCCUGUUCUUUCCAUCAACUAAACAGACGACAGUUAUAUUCUCUCAUUGUGGUAUUUCAGCAUUUUCAGGAUUGAUGGAGGAAUUUGCAGGAGGACAACAUGGGCAAAGUGUACACUUACCCAAAGCACUUGGAAAGUAUGAAAGACUUAAAGUUCAUGAGCUGGCUAAUGAACUGGGGUUGGAGCAUGGAAGCCAGGGCGUGGACAAGGACAGACAUGUGAUACUAACACGGAAAGACGGCAAGCAGUGAACUAUGUAUGAAAAAGACGUGCUAUCAUUGCAGUCAUAUUGUUUUCUAGUUGACAUGACACAGAA